UCAGCACCACCCGCUCGCACUGAAACAUGAGGAAUGAGGAAGACGAGUCUCAGGGGAAGAGAUAGAAGUCAUUACCCUCAAAAAGCAUUCUUUCUGCGUAAUUAACCGUAACCUGUCGACGCGUCAGGUGUCAUUAACUUGAGGAAACUUGGAGGGAUGGCGCGCGGCUGUACCGACGGCUGGUGCGCUCGCUUCGUGGAGCGACACCAGUCAGCGCUGAAUUUCGCGCUGCUGGUCGCUGCAUACAUCCUCUACCUGCUCAUCGGCGCCGGGAUAUUCUCCGCCAUCGAGCAGCCGUACGAGCGGGAGCUGCGGCAGGAGCUGGAGGCGGCGCGCCGCGACUUCCUGAGCAACAACACCUGCGUGUCCGACGCGCGCCUGGAGGAGCUCCUGGCCCGCGCGCUCGAGGCCAGCAACUACGGGGUGUCCGUGCUGGGCAACGACACCAGCCACAACUGGGACUUCGUUUCGUCGCUGUUCUUCACCAGCACCGUGCUGACCACAACAGGUUAUGGCCACACCGUUCCUCUCUCAGAUGAAGGGAAAGCCUUCUGUAUCUUCUACUCCCUCUUCGGCAUCCCCGUCACCCUCUUCUUCCUCUCAUUGGUGGUGCAGAGGAUUAUCGUGUUGGUCACUCGACGUCCAGUGUCCUACUUCCACCGUAGAUGGGCCAUGUCUAAAUCGAAACUAGCCGCCAUACAUGCCACCUGCCUAGCCGUCAUCACGGCCCUGCUCCUCCUCUUCAUCCCUGCGUGGAUCUUCUCCAGCACGGAGAAGGACUGGGACUUUCUGGAGUCUCUGUAUUUCUGCUUCAUCUCUCUUACAACCAUUGGCCUCGGGGAUUAUGUCCCCGGAGAGACCCACAGUAAAGAGGAAAACCCACACCCACAGCUGUACAGGCUGGCCAUUACAAUCUACUUGAUGCUGGGCUUGGUGUGUGUCUUGGUGGUGCUGGAGACGUGCUGCGAGCUUCCCCAGAUGAGACGCCUCAGACAGAGGUUCUACCAAGAAAACGUUCGCGAGCUGGACUCUGAGACCACCAACAUCAUCGACCGGGAUCACAUUAGCGACCACCUGACCGACCCCUCGGAUCACGUUACAGAUCAUCAUUCACCAGCCAUCCCUUCUGUGUCAGAGCAGGCUGCGUCCCUACGGAAAGACAGCAAGUCGGCGCCUUACGCCUCAGCGUCAGGGUCUGCUGUUAAUGGAACACUGAGAUAACAGAUUGUCUGGAACACAUCCAAGGAAGGUUGAAUCAAGGGCAACUGGAUAAGGUGGUUGACCUGAUAAAUAUCUGGGACCCCCUACCUGUCAGUUAGCACUGAAGAAGCCACGUGGAUGAGAGGCGAAAUGUUUUCCAGACAACCAAGCCCAGUUGCCUUUGAUUCAACUCCCCUUUGAUGACCUCGACCUGGAUCUUCACAGACAUCUGGAACACAUUGUUUUUGAGGUGCUGGUCUAUAAACUUGUGCUCCAUGCGUGACAGCGCAGGACACACUUUGACCUCUGCCUAAAUGUGUAUGUGUGCCAAUGUAAGGAGCCUGAGCACACAUACGCAUGAGUAUAUCCACAUGGAAGCACUUAAUCACUUAAAUAGGGAUUGCUUUCUGCCACAGCCAACACCAACACUGCACAAGCAGGAACCACCCAUGGAUUAUCAGGAUGGCAUUGUUUUCUUGUUCUCCCCUGUUUCUGCCUUCCCUGCAGAUAAGAGCUAGAUCUGUGACAUAGAGGAAGGGCUGGCCUCCCAAACGGAGGGAAACCCCACAAGGUUUCACUUCCUGCCAAAGUCUUGAUUCCAAAGUGCCACUGUUUUCUCUAGAGGAGCCUGCUCUUAGCACAUCAUAUAAUCUAUGAUGGUAUUUGCAUUGGAAAUUUGCCUUCUUGGAAGUAGUAAAACGCUUCCAGCACAAUCAGGCACACCGUCAGUUGGCCUAUUGUACAUUAUGUGCAAGGAUUCCAAGAAGUUCAAGGGAUGACAACAAGUAAACUUAUUUUUUAGCUGCCAGCUGAGUGUAUUUUCAUCAACUGUAUGAUGAUUCUGGAGGCUGCAGUUUGCGGUGUCCUUGAACUGCUUUGCAUCAUACAGGGACGUGUUUCUGUUAAUAUAGCCCUCCCUUUGUGGCCGAUUAAAACCUCUCACUACAAUGCAAUAUUCAACAGCACCAUUAUAGCCUGCUUAACGUAUAUACAGUAUUUCAUUGGGGUAGUCAUACUGCAGUGUGCGCCAUUCUACCAUUAGAGGGCAGCAUUUUCAUUUUUCAUACAAAAGGUAGAUACAGUUAGUUGCUCAUGGGCAUCUUUCUUUCAUGCAGCUUAGCACAGUGUUUCUUAAAAAUGCAAUUAUGCUGCAAGAAUAUGUAAUUGUUACAACAGAGGGUGAGGAAAUAAGCAUGUUGUAGUUUUGUCAUCCAUAUAUUUGGUAAAAGCCGCCCCAGUUUACAAGACAGCUAAUCUAAUGUGCUGUGCAUGAUGGAUGUUUCAUAUCUCAGAUCAUUUUUUUAAUCAUCAGCUAGUGAGACAGCUUGAAAAAUGGGUUCAAAUCAAAAGAAUCAAAAGGAUAUAACUUUCACAGAUCAUUUUGCUGCUGUUUUUAUUUUCGUUUUGCUGGUUUAUGGGUUUUAAUCAAGAGCAGAACUUCGUAAUGGUAGUUUUUAUAAAAAUCCACUCUACUCUCUGGAUAAAGUGCAUAUAAAUGAAUCAUGGAACAUUAAACAUUUUAUAACUGAUUAUAUAUUUACAAAUGACAAGCGAAUCAAACAUCUUA